ACUAACUAACUAAACGUUAUCAUACUUCCUCCUCACCGGUCCGAUCACGGCGGAGCUCGCUCACCCUCUUCUCAUCGUCAUUGAAGUUUCUCCGAGGUGCUUGCUCGGCCGUUACAGUUCAUCACUUCUCUUUAGCGAAUUUCAAUAGCAGAGGAGGAUGUUCAUGACACUAGCGGCUGCUAACGCCGUCUCGUUCAACUCAAAGCUUAUCUUGUUUCGAAUUCGCUGCUCGGAUUCUAGCCCUAAGCGCGGAUUUGGCUCUAAAAAGGAAGAGAAAGAUCCAUCGUUACUGCAAAGGUACAUUUUGGUUUUAAGUAUUUUAAUAGUUUCAAGUUCUGUUUUACUUCAUGUCGGCUUCAUUUGCUGCUGCAGGAAACCAUCUUCGAAACAGCCUGUCUCUGCUCCCAGAAAGGCACCUGGUUUGAAUUCUCAGUUCGAAGGCAAACCUGGUCGGUCUUUCGAUGUAGACUUUGAGGAACGUCUUGAAAACAUUCGAAGGUCAGCUCUUGAGAAGAAAAAGACACAAGUAGUUAAUGAGUUUGGUCCGAUAGACUAUGAUGCACCUGCACCAGUCCAGACAGAUCAGAAAACAAUUGGUCUCGGUGCCAAGGUUGGAGUUGGCAUUGCUGUUGUUGUCUUUGGUUUAGUUUUUGCUCUUGGAGACUUUCUUCCCACAGGAAGUGAUAGUCCAACCGAGAAGACCUCGGUGGUUAAAAAUAAAAUUUCAGAGGAGGAGAAAGCCACGCUUCAGCAAAGGCUCAAAGAGUUUGAAACAACUCUCGAUGGGGCUCCUAAUGAUCAAACUGCUCUAGAGGGCGCAGCUGUAACACUGACUAAUCUGGGAGAGUAUUCACGGGCUGCUACGCUUCUUGAGAAAUUGGCUAAGGAGAGACCAACUGACCCUGAUGUCUUUCGGUUGCUUGGAGAAGUAAAUUUUGAACUUAAGAACUAUGAAGGCAGUAUCGCUGCUUACAAAAUUUCUGAAAAGGUUUCUAAAGGCAUUGAUCUUGAAGUCACACGAGGCCUCAUGAACGCUUAUCUAGCUGCUAAGAAACCAGACGAGGCUGUCAAAUUUCUUCUGGAUACUCGCGAACGAUUGAAUACAAGGAAAACUAGCACAGCAGACAGUGUUCCCGCUGAAACUGAACCAGAUCUAGACCCAAUUCAGGUUGAGUUGCUUCUUGGAAAAGCUUAUUCAGACUGGGGACAUAUCAGCGACGCUAUAGCUGUUUAUGAUCGGCUUAUCACUGACCAUCCUGAAGACUUCCGAGGUUACUUGGCUAAGGGAAUUAUACUGAAAGAAAAUGGAAGCAGAGGAGAUGCAGAGAGAAUGUUCAUCCAGGCACGGUUUUUCGCACCAGACAAAGCCAAGGCCUUUGUGGAUAGAUAUUCCAAACUGUGAUCAGUAGCUGCUUUUGUAUAUAUUUACGCACAUUGGCUUGUCCUUUUUGCAACCUAACUUUACAGCCGAAGUUGUAACAAGAUAAAUUUCCAAGGUGAAUAAGAUUCAUCUGCGAAAAUUACCUCGAGAAAGAUGGGUGAAUAAAUCUGUACAACACAAAUAUUAUCAACAUGAAGCUGCAGAAGUGAGAAUUACAGCAA